GCUCGAAGGCUUGAUUCCUCUCGCGCCAUGGGGGUCUCCGACUUGGACAGGCAGAUCGAGCAGCUGCGAAGGUGCGAGUAUAUCAAGGAAGCCGAGGUCAAGGCCUUGUGCUCGAAAGCGAGGGAGAUCCUCAUUGAAGAGUGCAAUGUGCAAAGAGUUGAUGCCCCAGUCACGAUUUGUGGGGACAUCCAUGGUCAGUUCUACGACUUGGUAGAGCUGUUCAAGGUAGGCGGUGACUGCCCUGACACCAACUACCUCUUCAUGGGCGACUUCGUGGACAGAGGCUUCUACAGCGUGGAGACCUUUCUCCUGCUGUUGGCGCUCAAGGUGCGCUACCCGGACCGAAUAACGCUGAUUCGGGGCAACCACGAGAGCCGGCAGAUCACGCAGGUGUACGGCUUCUAUGAUGAGUGCCUCCGAAAAUAUGGUAGCGUGAAUGUGUGGAGAUAUUGCACGGAGGUUUUUGAUUACUUGGCCCUUGCGGCCCUGAUAGAGGACAGGGUGUUCUGCGUCCACGGGGGCCUCUCGCCGGCCAUCACCACUCUGGAUGACGUCCGGAGUAUCGAUCGCAAGCAGGAGGUGCCGCACGAGGGGGCCAUGUGCGACCUCAUGUGGUCCGACCCGGAGGACCUGGAGGGCUGGGCUUUGUCCCCGCGGGGGGCGGGGUACCUCUUCGGCGGGGACGCGGUCAAGGGGUUCAACCACACCAACGGCAUCGACCUCAUCGGGCGAGCCCACCAGCUGGUCAUGGAGGGCUACAAGUGGAUGUUCAACGAGGCUUUAGUUACUGUGUGGUCCGCGCCGAACUAUUGUUACCGGUGUGGCAAUGUGGCCGCAAUCCUCGAGUUUGAUGAGAAUUUGAAGCAUGCCUUCCGAAUCUUCGAGGCCGCGCCCGCGGACGCCAGGGGGGUACCCUCCAGAAAGCUGGUGCCCGACUACUUCUUGUAGGUGCUCGUCGGAUUUCGCGAGCGCUGGCGAGCACGGCACACAGCUUAAACAGCUGCUCGGGGCAGGCUUGCUGCAAAAAAGGCGCGCAAGCAGUUGUAAGCGUGGCCUGGUUCAGCAAGGGACGGGCGCGAUCCCCAA